AUGAUGGAUAAACCAAUACAGACAGAGGCAAACAUUACAAAGGAGGUGUCACCUUCAAAACCUCUUAAAUUAGUACCGCCAUUAAAUUUUUCAUUAGUCGAAAAUGGGAUAUACCGAUCUGGGUUUCCUAUGCCAAUAAAUUACCCAUUUUUACAACAGUUGAAUCUAAAGACAAUAAUAUAUCUUGGAGAUUUAGGAAAUGAGGAGCUAAAAAGUAGUUCAAAACUGAAGAAAAAGAAAGAUAAACAUGGGACAGCUGAAAUAAUGAACAAUUACCUCGAUUGGAUUAAAAAUGAUACUGAUAUUCAGUUUCACAAUUUAUAUUUUGAAUCGUCACAGGAACCAUUCAAUAAGCCACAGGAUAUUGAACAAGCGACCAAAAGUUUAACAAUAGCAUUACAACUCAUAUUAAAUAAACAAAAUCAUCCAAUACUAAUUCAUUCAAACAAGGGGAAACAUAGAACAGGUGUGUUGAUCGGGUUAAUGAGAAAAGUUCUACAAGGUUGGUGUCUAAGUGGGAUAUUUGAAGAGUAUGAGAAAUUUGCCAUGGGUAAAUCGGAAUAUGAUUUAGAGCUUAUAGAGUUAUGGCAACCUGAACUAUAUAUCGAUGACAAUAAUAAACCAGAUUUUGUUAGAACAUAG